GCAAAAAGCAAGCCAGUUGCUCAGCUCAAGCUAUCCACCACUCUGAACAGUAACAGAAGCGGACCCUACAAUCCAACAUGGCCAGGAAAAAGCAUGCUCUCGACGAUGCAUACUCCAGCUCCGAUGACGAGCCACAGGAUCGCGGGAUAACUCAGAGAGAUCUCCAGGACGAGAUGAACCAAUUCAGAGAUCCUAUGCAUAGGGAAAGGCGUAAACGGACGAAAGAGCAGGCGAUCUAUGGGGACGAUUGGGAGGAGGACGAAGGCGCAGCAUCUCACUCGACUGGGGGCCGCUCUAGGACUCGCAGGCGGGAAGGGUUUGCGUUUGUCCCUGCUUCAUCAUCGGGCAGCAAACCAGACACGCGUGCAUCCAACGUGGCUGACGGAGGCUCUUCAGACACGGGCGACGAACUCAUGGCUGGCGACAGUGAUCAGGAUGGGCGCGCUCGCGGUUCUGACGAUAGCAGGGAGGACAUGGACAUGGACGAUAAAGACGAUGACAAGAGUGACGACGAGGACGAGGACGAGAGGAUAGCACGGAGUGAAAGAGAGGCUGCAUACAAAGCACAGCGAGCACGGGACCAAGAGGAAGUCGAUGCAUAUGAGGAUAGAGCAGGGCGACCACAGAUUGGAUCCAGACUAGGCAUCGGAAUCGGAUUCAGCACGCCAUCUCUAGGACAGGAAUCAGUGGUCGAUAGCCCCUCACCUUCUAAUAGUACACCAAGCAAGAACAAGGCGAUGGCUGCAUCUAUAAGGGCUGGUCUUGGGUUAUCCAGCGAUGCUGGAUCGUCAACGCCAAUCGAUGGCAGCCCUAGGGGUCAACCACGAAGCAGGAACAGCAACUACAGUAGCCUCAGCUUUUUCAGAAACAGAGCUGGACUUGGCGGAGAAGGAUCAAGCCCAAGCAGUCCAUCACCACGCCCUGCCUCACCAGCCUCCGCAUCCAGUCCUAAGCCAGAUAUACCCGCGAUCGCACCAGUCACAGUUGCCAAAGACUAUGGCGCUUUCUCGGCGAAGGGUAGCGGAUUCGGUCUCAAGAUGUUGGAGAAAAUGGGAUGGAAGAAAGGAUACGGGUUAGGAGCAGGUGGCGCUGGUAUUGUCGAACCCAUUCAGACAAAGUUGCGACCCGUUAAGAUGGGUAUUGGUUUCAAGGGCUUUAAGGAAAAAACAGAGCAGACGCGUGCCGAGGAAAAGAGACGGGGCGUCGCUGUGAGUUCUGAUGAGGACGAAACAUCCAGUAAACAAAAAUCUAAGGGCCGUGAUAAGAAGGAGCAGGAGCCCAGGGCGGAUGGCUGGAGAAAGUCAAGUAGUCGAGGAUCACGGAAGGGGGUCAAGGUCGAGUACAAGACUGCCGAGGAGAUCCAGCACGACAUAGAGUCUGGGGAUCUGCCCAUGUUCCAGGCACAGCCGCAAAAGAUCCUGGAUCUGACGGGAAAGACUGUGCGUGAGCUUUCAUCACUAAGUCAGAUUAGCUCUUCAGUUUCCUUCGAGCACGAGCGCUUCCCAGAGCUGCGCCAUAAUCUGCAGCUCAUGGCCGAUAUUUCAACAACAGACCUGGAACAACAAGCGAGAACACAGAAGGCAGACCACGUCCGACAGGCUGUUCUGGAGGCAGAGGAGGACAGGAUGCAAAAACUGCUUGUACAGGACGAGAUCAGACUCGAGCGACUGACGAAGGUGAUGGUCAUUACGGACCAAUGUUCACAGAUUGCAAAUGAGAUUCGACAGGCUACAAGCGACACAACUGGCGCAAUGGUAAUUGAUCUCAAGGAGGACUACAUUGCCAUGGCCUUCAAGGAACCGUUCGACCUUUUUUCAGGUCUGUAUUACGACGAGUAUGAAGUAUAUCAAUUGGAUCAGGUCGUCAUUGCCGCAAUUCAAGAGAGCUUCAAGAGGUUACUGAAGGAUUGGGAGGUUCUCAAGAAUCCCACGCUAGGCGCUGGACUGUUCCAACGAUGGCAAAAGCUACUCAGGACAAGCAAGGUGAUCUAUGAUGACGAUCGGAGUACAGGCGGUUUUUACGGCAGCAAACCAGCCCAUCCCGAGCAGAUGACAGCCUAUGAGAGUCUUCUCAAUCACUAUUGGCUUCCCAAGGUUCGAUCUGCGAUCAACAACGAGUGGAAUCCACGCGACUGCGACCCCGUCAUUGAGCUUUUGGAGGCAUGGGCGCCUCCGCUCUUGCCGGCAUUUAUUCGGGACAACAUCAUCACGCAGCUCAUACUGCCCAAACUUCAAAAAGAAGUCGAGCAAUGGAGCCCACGCGAUUCGCUCAUGCUGCAUACUUGGAUUCACCCUUGGCUGCUUGUCAUUGGCGAGGCUCGAUUGAAUCAGGAGUUAUUUGGCGAUAUCCGCCGGAAGCUGGCUUCAGGACUCACAGCCUGGAAUGUCCUCGAUCCAAGUGCACUUCGCGUGCUGGAGCCUUGGCGGGGCGUCUUUGAUGCUGCUGAUAUGGAACUGCUCCUUCUCAAGUCGGUACUGCCCAAGCUUGUGGAGGGGCUACAGAUGUUUGAGAUUAACCCACGGAACCAAACGGUCGAGAUCCUUCAGGCGGUGUUGCCAUGGCACCAUUUUUUCCCCAGCACCACGUUCAGUUCGCUGCUGGUGAAUGAGUUUUUCCCAAAAUGGCAUCAAGUGCUGUACCUUUGGCUCACACACCCUUCGACAAAGGACUUGGACCAGAUCUCGCAAUGGUAUCAGUGGUGGAAGUCGUUGUUCCCCGCAGCGCUGCUGCAGGAGACAGGCGUCGCGACGGGGUUCCGACAGGGUCUGGAUAUGAUUAACCAGUUCAUGGCGGGACUUCAGAUUAUGGCGCCGGCGGAUCUUGCACAGGCACGAGCGCAAAGCAACGGAACCGGGUCCAAUGGAGGUUCGUUUUCAGAUCCCUUGGGACGGCUGCAGACGAAGAAGCAUUUAGUGGCAUCAGUAUCGUUCAAGGAUCUGAUGCAGGACUAUGCGACGCAGAACUCGCUUUUGUUUGUGAUGACGAAGCAGACGCAUGAGCGGUCAGGCAAGCCGCUGUAUCGACUGGGCGGCAACUCGACGGGCACAGCAGGGGGCAUUUUAGUGCACAUGACGGACGAGAUUGCGUUUGUGAAGUCGGAGGAGACGGGAGUGUGGAUGCCGACGGGUCUAGAAGAGCUAAUGGUCCUAGCAGGCGCCGGAAAGGGCGCCGGAGCCAAAUCAUAAGACGAAGUGUAUAUUAUUAUUAUCGAACACUGCUACAUGCGCGCGUUGUAAAAAUAAAGUUUCAAAUAGAAACCAG